AUGAUCUGCCGGAAACUACCGCCGAACUCAACGAAGUGCUCGAUAAUGGAAGGCGACGUCUGCUAUCACUACAUGGUGGAGAGUGGAAUCUGCUACAUGACGGUGACUUCUACUGAAUAUCCCAAGAAACUGGCCUUUCUUUACCUUGCGGAACUGUGCGCUGCAUUCGAAAAAGAGCUAGAAGGGCAAUGGAAAUCGCAAUCUUCGCACGAUCCAUUACGCGCCAUUACGAAGCCGUACAGUUUUAUGACAUUUGAUCGCACCAUUCAUAAAAUUAAGGCUAACUUCAAAGAUCCGAAUUCAAGCAAGGCGCUGCAUAUGAUCAACAACAGCCUCAACGAGGUGACCAACAUCAUGCGGCGCAACAUUGAUGAAAUACUGCAGCGUGGGGAAAACCUAGAAGGUAACGUUUUCAUCGGCACUACCGUUACGCAACAGCAGAUAUCGGCCGCAUGGCAGACGGGCUCAAAGCCGAAACGCUCAAGUUCAAAACAUCGUCACAGCUUCUUGCCCGACAAAGCCUGCUAG